GGCCUUUUUUAUAGCUUCCCCACAUUGUCUAGAUGAAGACAUUUCUGAGUCAACAUAAACUCCUAGGUCUUUUUCAUAGAUUCCUUCUUCAAUUUCACUAUCUCCCAUAUGAUAUUUUUAAUGCACAUUUGUAUUGCCUGCGUGCAGUACCUUACACUUUUCUCUAUUAAAUGUAAUUUGCCAUGUGUCUGCCCAGUUCUGAAUGCUGUCUAGAUCAUUUUGAAUGACCUUUGCUGCUGCAGCGGUGUUUGCCACUCCUCCUAUUUUUGUGUCGUCCGCAAAUUUAACAAGUUUGCUUACUAUACCAGAAUCUAAAUCAUGAAUGUAGAUUAGGAAUAGCAGAGGACCUAAUACUGAUCCCUGUGGUACUCCACUGGUUACCUCGCUCCAUUUUGAGGUUUCUCCUCUAAUCAGUACUUUCUGUUUUCUACCUGUUAACCACUCCCUAAUCCAUGUGCAUGCAUCUCCUUAGAUCCCUACUGCGUUCAGUUUGAGAAUUAAUCUUUUAUGCAGGACUUUGUCAAAAGCUUUCUGGAAAUCUAAAUAAACCAUGUUGUAUGCUUUGCAGUUAUCCACUGUCGAUGCUGCAUCCUUGUGCUGUUAGUUCUAAUUUAGUGUCCACACUGUACUGUAUAGAUCCUUGUGCUGUUAGUUCUAAUUUAGUGUCCACACUGUACUGUAUAGAUCCUUGUGCUGUUAGUUCUAAUUUAGUGUCCACACUGUACUGUAUAGAUCCUUGUGCUGUUAGUUCUAAUUUAGUGUCCACACUGUACUGUAUAGAUCCUUGUGCUGUUAGUUCUAAUUUAGUGUCCACACUGUACUGUAUAGAUCCUUGUGCUGUUAGUUCUAAUUUAGUGUCCACACUGUACUGUAUAUAUCCUUGUGCUGUUAGUUCUAAUUUAGUGUCCACACUGUACUGUAUAGAUCCUUGUGCUGUUAGUUCUAAUUUAGUGUCCACACUGUACUGUAUAGAUCCUUGUGCUGUUAGUUCUAAUUUAGUGUCCACACUGUACUGUAUAUAUCCUUGUGCUGUUAGUUCUAAUUUAGUGUCCACACUGUACUGUAUAGAUCCUUGUGCUGUUAGUUCUAAUUUAGUGUCCACACUGUACUGUAUAUAUCCUUGUGCUGUUAGUUCUAAUUUAGUGUCCACACUGUACUGUAUAUAUCCUUGUGCUGUUAGUUCUAAUUUAGUGUCCACACUGUACUGUAUAGAUCCUUGUGCUGUUAGUUCUAAUUUAGUGUCCACACUGUACUGUAUAUAUCCUUGUGCUGUUAGUUCUAAUUUAGUGUCCACACUGUACUGUAUAUAUCCUUGUGCUGUUAGUUCUAAUUUAGUGUCCACACUGUACUGUAUAGAUCCUUGUGCUGUUAGUUCUAAUUUAGUGUCCACACUGUACUGUAUAGAUCCUUGUGCUGUUAGUUCUAAUUUAGUGUCCACACUGUACUGUAUAGAUCCUUGUGCUGUUAGUUCUAAUUUAGUGUCCACACUGUACUGUAUAGAUCCUUGUGCUGUUAGUUCUAAUUUAGUGUUCACACUGUACUGUAUAGAUCCUUGUGCUGUUAGUUCUAAUUUAGUGUCCACACUGUACUGUAUAUAUCCUUGUGCUGUUAGUUCUAAUUUAGUGUCCACACUGUACUGUAUAGAUCCUUGUGCUGUUAGUUCUAAUUUAGUGUCCACACUGUACUGUAUAUAUCCUUGUGCUGUUAGUUCUAAUUUAGUGUUCACACUGUACUGUAUAGAUCACACUCUUAUUCUCUUGCUUGUAGAUGGACUCUGUCAACUCUCUGAUAAAAGCUGUUGGACCGAAUGGCUAAUGUUCAUUUUAUUAACCUCGCAAUAA